AUGAGGGUUCUCGAACUGCCGAAAGUCCCGUUACGGGCCACACUCGGAGGUGGCCCGCGAAUACAUGCGCGACCACGGUUGGGUUUCGUGUCCCGAACAGGAAUUCAAGGUGUCUGGCCACGUCCUCUGCGGGAAGGACUGGGCGUCCACUCGCCGACGGCCUUCCGUCAAACCAGUCGCCUACUAUCACCCGCUGCACCAAGCAAUGGCAAUAUAGAUACGCCCAAGCUGCCGGAGUACACGCCCCCGACAACUGGCUUUCUCUCCAAGCUUCCUUCUUCAGUGGUCCCUUAUGCCGAGCUGUCCCGGAUAGACAAGCCUGCGGGGACUCUGUACCUCUUUUUUCCUUGCCUCUUCUCGACCCUGAUGGCAGCCCCGUUGGCAGUUCCCAUGGCCACACCCACUAGUGUUGUUGGAUACUCACUUCUAUUCAUGUCGGGGGCUUUCAUAAUGCGAGGUGCUGGAUGCGGAGUCAAUGAUCUUUGGGACAGGAAUCUGGACCCUCUUGUCGCACGUACCAGAUUGAGGCCAAUUGCUCGCGGUGCCAUCACCCCCUUCAACGGACUGGUCUUUACCGGUGCUCAGAUGCUGGCCGGGCUUUGUGUCCUGCUCCAAUUCCCAUCUCAAUGCCUGUUCUACGCAGUCCCGAGUCUACUCUUCGUCGGAAGCUACCCACUAGCUAAGAGGGUCACAUACUACCCGCAGUUCGUCCUUGGACUUACCUUUUCCUGGGGUGCAUUUUUGGGUUAUCCAGCUCUUGGGAUUGAUAUCCUCACAAAUCUACCCGCGUUGACAUCAGCUGUGUGUCUCUACGCUUCAUGUAUUUCGUGGACCGUGUUGUACGACAUGAUCUACGCUCAUAUGGAUAUCAAGGACGACGUCAAGGCUGGUAUCAAGAGCAUCGCUCUUAAACACGAUGCGGAGACGAAGCAGGUUCUUCUCGGUUUGGCGGCUACUCAGGUCAGCCUACUUGCAGCUGCUGGGUAUGCAGCGGGAGCGGGUCCCGCUUUCUUUGCAGGUAGUUGCGGUGGAGCACUGAUCUCUCUGGGCAUCAUGAUAAGACGACUCAAGCUGAAGAAUGUCCAGGACUGUUGGUGGUGGUUCGUCCAUGGAUGUUGGAUCACGGGCGGCAUCAUCAGUCUCGGACUGGCUGCAGACUAUGCUGUCCGCUACACUUACGAAACACAGAAAGACGCUGGAAUGGCUAAGAAGGAAUCAGAAGAGUAA